UCCUGCGAGAGCCGCGCAGUUGCCGCCAUGGCGCCGAGCCGGAUAGCUGCAGCGUUCCCCUCAGCCGCCCUCCUCCUCCUUCUGCUGUUGGCCGUGGCGAGCGCUGGGUUGAGCGGCUACUUCGGUACCAAGUCCCGCUACGAGGAGGUGAACCCGCACCUGGUGCGCGAUCCGCUGUCGUUGGGUCCCACCGCGGGCGCGUCGCGGCUGCCCGCCGCCUGCACGCCGCUGCAGCUCCGCGCUUUGCUCCGCCACGGCACCCGUUACCCUACAGCCGGGCAGAUCCGCCGCUUGGGCGAGCUGCACGCCCGCCUCCUCCGUCGUCCCACCGCCGCGACAGCAGCAGACUGCCCCGCCGCCGCCGACCUGGCCGCCUGGCAGAUGUGGUACGAGGAGAGCCUCGACGGGCGUUUGGCGCCGCAGGGCCGGCGCGACAUGGAGCACCUGGCCCGCCGCUUGGCCGCCCGCUUCCCCGCCCUCUUCGCCGCCCGCCGCCGCCUGGUGCUGGCCAGCAGCUCCAAGCACCGCUGCCUGCAGAGCGGCGCCGCGUUCCGCCGAGGGCUCGGACCUUCCCUCAGCCUCGGCACCGACGAGGUGGAAGUUGAAGUUAAUGAUUCCUUGAUGCGGUUUUUCGAUCACUGCGCCAAGUUUGUAGCCUUGGUGGAAGAGAAUGACGCGGCAAUGUGCCAGGUGAACGCCUUCAAAGAGGGGUCGGAGAUGAGGAAGGUCUUGGAGAAGGUGGCGAGUGCCUUGUGUUUGCCGGUGGAGGAGCUGAAUGCAGAUCUUGUGCAAGUGGCUUUUCUCACCUGCUCGUAUGAGUUGGCUAUAAAAAAUGUGACAUCCCCAUGGUGCUCCCUCUUCAGUGAAGAAGAUGCCAAGGUACUGGAAUACCUGAAUGACCUGAAGCAAUACUGGAAGAGAGGAUAUGGCUAUGACAUCAAUAGUCGCUCCAGCUGCAUUUUAUUCCAAGAUAUCUUCCAGCAUUUGGACAAAGCAGUGGAAGAGAGCAAAAGUUCAAAACCCAUUUCUUCACCUUUGAUUGUACAAGUUGGACAUGCAGAGACACUUCAGCCGCUGCUUGCCCUUAUGGGUUUCUUCAAAGAUGACGAGCCUCUCAAGGCAAACAAUUACAUCAGACAAACACAUCGGAAAUUUCGCAGUGGCCAGAUUGUGCCUUAUGCAGCCAACCUGGUAUUUGUGCUUUACCACUGUGAUCAAGUGAAAACCUCUAACGAAGAGUAUCAAGUGCAAAUGCUGUUGAAUGAAAAACCGAUGUCGUUUCAUCACUCAAAUGAAACCAUCUCUACUUACGCGGACCUCAAGGACUAUUACAAGGACAUCCUGGAAAACUGCCACUUUAAAGAAGAGUGUGAAUUACCAACAGUUAAUAUUACUGCUAUUGACGAACUUUGAGGGAAUGAAAUGGAGUGGGUACUCUGCAAAUUGACCUCGGUUCUGUUCGACAGAUGUUGUGAACAAGCACUUUUGAUGAUUUGCUGCUGCUGUGUUGACUUUCUAAACUUGCAGAUUUGAUGGGUUGUCUUGGUUAACUCAAUGCACUGUUUAUUUAUUACAUAAGCAGAAUUACAAAAACAAAUGCUGUAACAGGAAUGUUGCUGAACCCUUGUAACAAAUAAGUGAUGCAAGAUGAAGCAUACCUGUAUGUUUAUAUGUACAAAUAAGUAAUUUCAUUGGUCAUUCCUCUUACAAAUGUGCUGUAGGUGGAUUUAAGAGCUGGGGCAGCUUCUGUUUUAUCAGAGCUGAAGGUGGUUGGAGUGAUUCAGUAUUGGUUUGUGCUGCCUGUUUUGCUAGCUGCUGUUUUCCUGUGGCAGGCAUGAAAUCAAACCUCUGAGCUUUUUUACUCCCUUUUCCUGAGCCUCUAGGAGGGAGAGGGUACAUAGUCCUUCUCCAUAGCUGCCCAACUUCUGCCUGGACAGCACCGUGCAAACAUCUUUCUUGGGCGUUUAAAGCAGGAGGAGUUGCAGUGUUCCUGUUUGCAUUAUCUGCCUGAAAAGGGUCCAGGAGCUAAAAUUCUUGAAUUCAUCAUCGACCCAUCCUGCAUAGCAAGUUAGCCUGCAGGUAAGUAAAUUGUCUUUAAAAAGAAGUUUAAAAAAAGAUAUAGUGAGGGAUUGGGAAGUAGUCACUCUUCCUUUAAGGUGCUCUGGGAGAUGCAGCAGUUGUUCUCUAAGUUUUCUGGUGUGUCCUUUCACUUGACACCAUUGAUUUCUUGUGUUAAAAGUUUGGGCUAGGGCAUUCAGAUUAGGCUCUGCUACGGCUACGAACAUCUUGGUCCUGAUCGGGUGCUGACAGUUUUCCUAGCAGCUCUGGUUGGAAGGGACCUCUGGAGGUCUCCAGUCCAGCCUCCUGCUUGAAAUGGGAUUUGGACUGUAAAAAGUACCUGGCUUGAGACUUGACUUCUGCUAGCUUUAAGGCACCCAACGUGGUGUCACUUACAUAGGCCUCAUGUAUUUGAUGUGCCACCUUGUUCUUGAAAUUAAGCUGGUUUUAAAGAAAUUAAUUGCGUACAAGUACUGGUGGUCUUCUAAAGCAACUGCACUUCAAGUAAGUUCACUUGCUACUGGAAGUUGGAAAGUAUUUUAGAGCUCUGCAGUGUGGCAGAAAAAGGAAAAAUGGAACAUAAUUGUCCAGAAACGUCUGAAAUGCAGUAAGUUAGAUACAAAUUCCUUCAUUGCCCAGCAGGGGAUGGCUGUGUGAACAUGUUGCCUGAAAGCAAAUGAGGAUGUGGAUUUAUGGUGCUGGUAGCUCUUGAAGUGCGUACUCACACCCUACAAUGAGCGUUUCAGAGCUCACCCCGUAUAGGGAGGCAUAGUUUGCUGUGUUUACUGGGGAGGGGGUAAAAGGGUGGCAUAAGCAAUUACCACAGGCUAUCAGAUACAUUAUAAAGAUUUACACCCUCAUGUGCUGCGAGGUAACUUCUUUUUGUAGGCUCACCUUCAGAACUGGGAACUUAACUGCUGCAAAAACAAAAACAGGAAAGAAAAAGCCAAACUGGCUCAACGUUGAGGAGUUAAACUUAGUGUCUAAUUUCUUUAUUUUUCUUGAGGACUUAGGCUUCUGUCACUUUUUUUUUUUUUAAUAUGGCUUAUAUAAGAACACUUAAGGUUUACAUAUCUGUAAGUUAAGGAGCAAUUAAAAACCCAUUUUUUACUGUUACACUCUGAGUUAAAGGCUCUUCCCUAUGUUGGGAUGUAGGGCCCUGUUUCAGUAGUGCACUGAUUUCUGUGGAGACCAAGGUUCUAAUCACUGAAGAUACUGAUUAAAACUGGUGGAUAUUUCAGCAUUAACAUCCCGGUGAGACACUUGCCUGUGUUUGCUCUGUGGAUCUUUUUCUGAAACUGGUGAAAUGGUUAGGGAGGAGUAUUGAUGCUGUAACAAAGGUAGGAAUAUAGGUGAGGAUAAUUGUCAGCACCAGCAUAUGACUUGUACUGCUGUAUUAGCUUUGCAUGUCUCCUUUUUUGUGUGAUCCUGCCUAGAGACUAGGUCAACUAAUCAUAAUUACCAUGACAGAUGCCUGUUACGAACUUUAUUGCAACAUUUGAGGCAAGCCUCAAAGAAAUGGACCUUUGUUUAAAGGCAGCAAAGUUUGGUAAAUAGCAGAUACAAGGGUGAGAAAAUCCACCUUUAAACAAAUAUUUUUUUCGGUGAGUCAGUCAUCCUGUGAUGAAUCAUAAUUUGAACAGAAGAUAUGAAAGCCCUGACUAUUGGAGAUGAAUGGAGGAUUUCUGUCUGUCAGUUCAGUGAGACUGACUUUAAAACAUCAUGUUUGUUAAAAGUUACCUCCUCCUUCCUUAUGGAGGAGGAAUACAUUGCACUUGACUGCUUUUUUUGAUCGUGUGCCAGAUGAGGUGGAGGAACCAAACACUUCCUUCUACAGUGGAGCAUCGUUUGCUUCUGCAUUACCAAGUUGAUUGUACGCUUAAAUUCCGUGCAAAGGACUCGAGGAUGACUCUUCAGAGGCUGUUUCCUAUUUUGCCUUGAAGCGCAAGUCCAUCAUACCUCCAGCACAACAGAUGUAUCGUCGGUGGCUGUCAGCAAUUAACUGAAAAGGCAAACGUGCUGUUUGGUUUCUGAUCUGUAUUUAAAGGAUGCACUGACUCACUACUUUGGCAGAAUUAGAGGCUGAAUGUGGAAACUUUGCACAACUGUAGCAAUAGAAGUGUUUGGACAUGUAAAUGUUCUAGGCACUUGUACAUGUGACUGAUUCUUACCAUCAGGGAUGUAACUUCACUAUCACCCUUUUAUUUAGUAAAUAUAUACAUAAAUUUGUUUAUAUACUAAAAAAGAAAACUAAAAUGGAUCAAAACGUUUUCAUAAAGUUGGCACUAGCUCAAUGAGUAGUCUUUAAAUGGGCUGCCGUAACUCAUGGCAUUGCAGAUUACCACAUCCAGAAAAAGUCCUGCAAGAAAAAUAAUGCUUUCUCUUCCUUCAUGUGGCUCUGGACAAAACUUCUCAUCUCAGUUGUCCGUCGACUCUUCUUUGUAACCUUUCUCAAACUGGAAGCUUUCCUUGAUGAAAAAUACCGACAGUGUUCUUGGAUGCUGGCCUUAAAUAUGUUUGAAAUGUAUUUUGUUAAAUGUCUAAAGCUUAACUAAUCUUUCUGGCAAAUUAAUUUUUUCCACCUAGUAAGUACUGCUGCUGUAAUUCUGGUUAGCGUCGAGCUGUCAGAUCACUGGACACAAUGCAAAUGUGUAAUAAUACGGUACUAACUGGAUGAAUUUUGAGAACUUGUAUUGGAUUUUCAGUGCUGUGAAAUAAAACUGCACACUUUCUUCAUCUCUGUUUUAUAAGCAGUAAUAAUGACACGAUCUUUAGUAUCAUGGCUGUGUUCUACUUCAAAAUACAUUUGGUAGGUUGCUAUUA